UCCAAGGCUCCCACUGCUUCCAACCCUAGCCUCCGCCUCCGACGAAUGCAGCCGCCGCCGCCGCCGCCGCCUCUGCUCUGCUAGCCUCGAAUACCGAUCUACCUUUCUCCAUCAGCCCCCGCGCGACCGUACCCUGUCCUCUCCAGGAGCGGCGAACCCUCGAGUCGUACGUAUCCUUUCCUUUCCUGGGGAAGGGGAUCGAUUUAGGUUUCCGCAAUCCGCAUCUCGUACUCUAGCUCCACGAUGACGAUGGAGCAUGGAACCCCGGGUGAAGCCGAAGCCGAAGCUGAGGAUUACGGGUCAUGGACACUCAAGCAGAGGAUUGAUGACAUCGUUAACAGCGAUCCUAUCAAUAAUGUCCUGCCAAAGCAUCCUGAACAUAGAGCAUAUUUCGAGAAAAAGCUCAAGGAAAAGUUAGAGGGGUUCGUAUGCGUUGCACAGCCGAAACUACUUCCAGCAUUGGUCAAGGAUAACGUCAAGCACUUCUACCAAGUCUAUAAUUUAUGUCCACGUUUCAUGAGCAUCAGGGAUCUCCUUUACCCUGAUCUCCUCACCAACAUGGCCUCCUUCAACGCGCUGCGUUGUGCCAGGGUGGCAUUGGAGGGCACCUCUCAAUUGCGUGGCCGCCACGCUGACCCCAACAUCCUCCACCGCUUUGGCUUCUCGCCCCUCCACAUGGCUGCCGAGAACUUCAAUGUGGCCAUGGUCAAGCUCCUCUUCCGCUAUGGCGCCUCCGCCAACAUCCGCACCAAGGGCAGCAAAGUCAUCGAGGGCCUCCUCCCUCUUCAUGUUGCUGUUGAGAAUGCCACCAUGCACAAGUAUCUGGAGGACCACUGGACUGAUGGGGACAGUAUCAUCCGCCUCAUCCUCCUCCUCUGCCUUCCUGAGAUGAAAAUGUUCUUGGACACAACUAGAUUAAUUGCCAAACAUACAGACAACAUUGUUGAAGAGGUAUGCGGUUACAUCCAUGAGGAGAUGCAUGUCCACACAGCAAUUUUGCUGCUGGCUGCUCAAAAGCAGCUCCGUGGGCGCCUUAACAAAAGCAGUGGCGAGGCCUCUCUGAACGGCUUUGAUAUUCUUAAAAGCUGCAUUGAUGAUGCUCUUGACACCAUACAUCUUGAGGGGUUAACUAUGGUUAAGCAGGGAAAGAAUGGCAAGGCACUUAAGAGACUCAAAGACAGGAAGGAAGCCCUUCUUACAGCACAUGCACUUGUUCGUAUUGUUGACAAAGCCGGUAUAGCUCUUGAGGGAUACAUUCAGACUCACUCACAGGUGCCACAUGACGGCAUUGUUCAACAUGUUUUAUCAAUUCUAAAAAGCAAUGGCAUUGCCCAUUCUGGGGAAAGCAUUGACACUGGAAAACUUGAAUGCUACAAACAUCAUGGGGGAAUGCCAAUUGGUAAGACAGAUUCACAAAGAGUGAUUGCAGUGGGCUCUGGGGAAACUAUUGAAGUGGAGAAGUCGUCGUCUGAUAAAUGCGAAGUUAGUAAAAGGAUUCUGGGCAAGCAACCACCUAAAGGAUUGGGUGUAAAAGAUGUGAGAAAUAUGUUCUUCCCAUACUGGAAAUCAGUUUUGUCUCGUCGGUUGGAGGUGAAGAAAAUUCUAUCCUCUAAGCCUAGCUGGAUGGACUCGCCAAGUGCCGAAGCGAGCAAAGAAGGGAGCAAGAGUAUAUACCACCCAUCUGCCCCAAACAAACCAAUAGGAAAUCUUGGUUCAAUGGGAUGGACCCCAUUAUCAAGUGAAUCCAGAAGGAUGCUUUGUACUGCUGCUUCAAUUUCCCAGAAGGUGUUUAAGCGCACUUGAGUACAGAAUCUUUGGUGGUCUAAGAAAGAUCAAUGAUACUGGGAGCCUACAUGAGAUGGCUGUAUCGUGUUCUGCUAGGAGCUGUGUUGCAUGGUUGUUAUGUCAACACUUUUUAGGUGAAAACCUUGAUUGCAGUGUUAUAUUAAGGCAUAAGAUAUAAUGGAACGCUAUUUAUUUCUUAGUAUGCCAGGCCUAAAUGAUCCGGCAAGUGAUCAACAGGCUAAUGGCCUGCCUUUGAAAGUAGAAUAUCGUGGUAUGUAUGAUCUAUCUAGUGGUUGAUUAUUAUGCGAAUAUAUGUUUUAACAUUUCCUGUAUGGCACAACUUUUAUGUAUUAGUACUACAAGUUUUUGCUGAAUUAGUUAUAAUCAUU